CCCACCGGCCGACGGGGCGGCCGUAGCCGGAGCGAUUCUGUGCGGUGGUUCAUCGGGGACGACGAAGGUGAUGAAGAGAAUCCAUGCCCUAAAAUUGGGGCAAAAGCUGUGAGAGAAGGAGUCGAAUUCUACAGCAACGGGGAUUUCUACGAAGGGGAGUUUCACAAAGGAAAGUGCAGUGGAAGCGGAGUUUACAAUUUCUUCGGGCAGGGAAGAUAUGAAGGCGAUUGGGUUGAUGGGAAGUACGACGGAUAUGGAAUCGAGCGGUGGGCGAGAGGGAGUCGGUAUCGGGGCCAGUAUCGCAACGGUCUCCGCCAUGGAUUUGGGGUUUAUAGGUUUUAUAAUGGCGAUAGCUAUGCGGGCGAGUGGGUCGGCGGGCAGAGCCAUGGACGAGGAGUUCAGAGCUGUUCUGAUGGUAGCUGUUAUGUGGGGGAGUUCAUGUGCGGUGUGAAGCAUGGAUUAGGGUUUUACCAUUUCAGAAAUGGAGAUAAAUAUGCGGGCGAGUACUUUGGUGACAAAAUUCAUGGUUUUGGAGUUUAUCACUUCGCGAAUGGCCAUUGCUAUGAGGGUUCAUGGCACGAAGGAAGGAGGCAAGGCUUUGGGACAUAUACAUUUAGAAGAGGAGAAGCGAGAUCCGGAGAAUGGAAUUGUGGAACUCUUAAGAACCCUCUCCCGCUCAUGGACCCCAAUGUUCAACGCGCCAUUCAGUCCGCCAGAAAAGCUUCGGAGAAAUCACUUCUGCUACCGCGCGUUGAAGAGCAGGUGAACAAAGCAGUUAGCGCAGCAAAUAGAGCCGCCACCACGGCCAGAGUAGCCGCCAUUAAAGCUGUGGAGAACCGAAUGAACGGGAAGUUCUGCAACACAGAAGUCUGAAGUGAAGAACAGAAUAAUGAGAGUAAUCUCUUCCAUCUUCUAACUGUGCAUAUUUUAGCUUAUUUUUUCUCUUCUCAAUAUUUUCAGUGUCUGUGAUCAAUCUGAUCACUGUGAGUUUGAAGGCUUUAAGAAGGAUGAGAUUAUUAAAAUCCUCCUUUUCACACCAAGCUGUACAUAAAUCCACAUUUGUGUCUUUUGAAUCAUAGUUUUCUUCCUAACCUCAAAGAAAUGUUGUUGUGUAGAGCCUGUGGCAUAUAUUCACUUUAAUAGCU